AUGUCGACCAAAGCCCCAAAUACAACUUCGAUCGUCACUCAAGGUCCGCCCUCGGUGCGCAUCCCCUCUCAAGACUCUGGCGCAUUCCAUACCCCAGAAGACCUUUCACCCCUAGAUGCCGAUUUAGAAAGUACGGAUUUCUUCAUGGCCGAAGACGCGCGGGGGGUAACCCCCCCGACUACCGUCGACGACUCAACAACACAGAGCGGGACCCACGACGCGCAAGAGAAAGCAAUCCCUACAUCCACUGAGACAGGCACCGAAGCGCUCGAGAACGCAGCAAAAACGGCUGUAUCAGAUACCGACGACAUUAGUAUCCUUCCUCCCCUGACCGAUCGCGACGACAGUAGCUUGUUCCCCUUAAGCGAAAAUGGUGACCAUGAGCGAGGGAACAACCAGACCCUCAUUGAGGAGCGCGAAAUGCGUCAGAAAUUGAUGGACAUGGAGUCGAGCUUUCUACCGGAACCCUCAACCAUUGAUGUCGCCGCGACCGGUCCGAGGGCCGGCGCAGACGAUACCUAUCUGGUUGGCAUCGAUGGUGGUUACGAUCCUGACAUGACCCAGCAAACCGAAUCAUCACAAUUCUCUUUCAUUCCCCCGUCAGACACGAACCCGGACUAUGGCCACUACCAAGAAGAAUCCCAUGAGACCAAAGACCAUGAUGAUGCUGAGCCCACGACGGCCGUCCAUGGUGAAGACCUCGUCGGCAACGAGAGCACGCUAGACUCGCUGGCUUCGUCCCCUUCAGCUGCCGCCAUGUUUCGAAAUAUGCGCCGCAAUCACUCUAUGCUGUCUGAAGACAAUCCUGAUAACAGCCAAUUUUCUCAAGACGAGCGGCCUUUCAGAUCUCGAAUUUCCCAGUCUGAUGAAUCACAGCUGACACCCUCCAAGCUUCGAAAUUCAUCCCGCAGUCUGUCUCCUGCCCAAUCAAGGCUGUUCAGUGACCAGAGCUUCAGUGCUGGAGGUAGCCGACGCAGUGGAAGUCGGCCUAAGUAUUUGACUUCCCGUCAAUCUGCCAAUCGCCUUUCGCACUCCUCUAUUGCAAGCAAUAAUACAACCAACACGGACGGUACACACAGUGAUGCGACGCUAGGAGCAGACUAUGCGCUCCAAUCUGGAGGAGCAACGUCUGACAACUGGGGCGGUUUGCACCCAGGAUCGCGCGGCCACAUGACCCGAACAACCAGCCUGGGAAGUAUGGCGUCUGGAGUCUCAGUAUAUAGCGAAGAGAAUUCCCUUGAGAGACGGCCUCUUGCUGGGCAAGUUGACGGGAGUCUGCAUACUUUGGCAGAGGAGAGCUCACCACAGUCCUCCCGACAUCAAGCUGGAUUCGACGAUGCAUCGGCACCUGCAACGCCCAAGGCCAAGCCUCAAGACAAACCUUUUCCGACUGAUACAGCGAUUGCAGAGCGUGUCAAGGGAAUCCAAGUCCCGACAACUUUUGCGCAACGGUUCCGAGAAGACUAUGGAAACAUGGGACCGUCUCCUGAAAAGCGCGCCGGUGCUUCAACUCCAGCGCUUGGGCGAAGUGGCCUUGGUCGCAACAUGACUCUGAAAGAGCAAAGCAGCACCAUUGAUCGCCUUUCGAAGGAAAAUUUCGACCUCAAAAUGCGCAUUCAUUUUCUCAAUGAAGCACUAAACAAGCGCUCAGAAGAAGGAAUCAAGGAAAUGAUAUCAGAGAAUGUUGAACUCAAGUCAGACAAACUAAAGAUCCAGAAAGAUAGCCAAGGUUUAAAGCGCAAGAUUCGUGAGCUGGAGAAACAGUUGAAAGAUCAGCAAUCAGACAAGGAAUCUAUGCUCAACCACGAUCCAGAUGCCUCAGAUGAAGGAGAUCGAGAAUCCGCAAAUGAGACCGAGAUCACUUAUUUACGGGAGCGAAUCGAAACUUACGAGCUUGAAGUUGAACGUUUGAGGUCUGAAAGCAUUGUGAGGGAGAGUGAGAAACGACGCCUUGCUGAGAUUGUGAAAUCACUAAGCGACAACCGCUCCGGGGUGUCGGAAACAGGAGCAAGAGAGGAACGGGACAUGUGGAAAGAUAUGCUAGAUGCAGAAGCAGCAGCUCGCGAGCAGGCGGAAGAUGAGAACCGCCGGCUACGAGAUGAGACCAUUCGUCUUCGAAGUGAGCUUUACACUUCAGCCGGUGUUGGUCCAAGAUUACCCUCGCGGGCUAGAGGUGGCUCGAAUGUUUCGUAUAACUCGGUGUCGGACAGAGAGGCCAACCGCGGCGCUACUGCAAUAAGUGCCUCCAAUAGCACACUUCUGGUGGAGCUUGAACUCUUGAAGCAAGAGAAUGCCGAACUGAGAAAGGAGGUCAGCGCUCAAACCUCCAUGCUCACGUCCCGCAACCGGGAAAAGGAGCGCCUUUACCAAGAAAUCGAAGAAUUGAAGCUUGGCCAGGGUCGCCAUGCCGGCCGGUCUGUGGCUGGAGACAGUAUAUUUGACCGUUCAGUGUCGCGGGCGCAAGCAAGACCAGGUUCUGAGCCCAGCGAUGGCGGCGUAUCACGCAGUGAUAUGGAUCGUGAGGAGCUCGAUGCUCGGAAUGGGCAGCUCCGUGACCAAGUGUCGACCCUCAAACUUGAGAACCAGGCGAUUCGCAGCCAGCUGGAUGAAUACGUCAGGGAACUGGAGGCUCUUGAUGCAGCAUAUCAGGCUGAUGUGGAUCAAGCUGAAGAGGAAAUGACGAAUUUGCAGCAGGAGCGAGACCAGGUUCUUCGAGAGCGAGACCAAGUCCUUCAAGAGCGAGACCAGGCCCUUCAGAUGGCCGAUGAGCGCGAUGCUGCCUUUCAAGAUCUCAGAGCCGAAGCUCAGGAGGAACUGGAUGCCCUAGGCGAAGAGCUUGAUCAGAAGAUUGUUGAAUGUCAGCGCAUGGGUGAAGAAUUGAGGAACCAAGAUGAGAGCCUAAGGGUGCUGCAGGCAGAGAUGCGCUCGGCUAGCGAGGGGAUUAUUCGACUCGAAGAAGAUGCGCAGAACAAUCUAGAGCGGUAUAAGGCUGUUCAGCAAGAGCUUGAAGAAACCCAUGGCGAGAUGGAGUCUCUGGAGAAGAGCCUGUUUGAGGCCAACACCAAGGUACAGAGGCUGACGGUGCAAAUCGAGUCCAGCCAGAACGAGAUUGCAUUCCUUCGAGAAGAGCAAGAUGGCGACAAGAUUCGCAUCGGGGACUUGGAAUCAGAGUUGAAGACGUACCACAUGAGUCUGGUCAGCGAGAAAGAAAAGACAAGAGAGCUUGAGCAACGACUCGCGGAUGAGCGACACCAGCGUGAAGUGGUUGGAAGCAAGGAGAAGCAGGAAGUUCAGCGAAUCAUGAACGAGCUGAACCGCGAAGCUUCAUCAGCCAAGGAAGAGGUGCGACGACUAAAGAAGAGCCUAUCGACUCAGGAGAUUGAGACAACGACCUGGAGGGAGCGGCUGUUGGAUCUUGAGAACAACCUUCGGGAAACCCUCGGAGACCUGAGCGGCAGCCGGUCUAGCAUGAUCUCCAACAUCAUGAAGCUUCAGAAGGAGCUGGAAUCCACCGCUCUUGAGCUGGAGAGCGUCCGAUCGCAACUGGAUGAGAAGGAAUCUCUACUUCGAAACCGCGAUGCUCUUUUAGAGAGUCAUGGGCUUGAGUCUCGGAAACUCUCAGAGCUUCUAGAGCGCGAGCGUCAGGGCCGCCGGGCUGACAAGCAGUCUUUCGAACAGGCACUCAAGUCUCACCAGCAGGCUUCUCGGACCAUCACCCAAAGCAACUCUCGGAUCACAGACCUGGAGAACGCUCGCAACCAAGACCGCAAGCGCUUCACGUCGCUUGAGCAACAGUUCAAGGACCAGCUUAGCGAACGCAACACGAUGUUCUUGGCUAUUUGGAAACGACUCUCAUCGAUCUGUGGUCCUGAUUGGGCGCAUUCAAACAGUCUCAUAAAUGGCAAUCUUCCCAGUCAGGAAGUCAUCGGUAAUAUCUUGUUUUGGCCAGGCUUCAGUCGCAAUUUGAUGCUCGCAAUUAAAACGGUGGAGGGUGUUGUCGCCCAAUUCAAGGGCCGUAUCAGGGCCGUGGAGUUUGACCUCAAUAAGCAAUACCAAAAUCUUGAACAUUCCUUUGCUCAGCGUGUCCGACGACUUGAUCGGGUGGAGGAAGCCGUCAAGAAUAUGCGUGCCGGAGGAGGUCACUCGCGCUCCAACUCAUCUUCCGAGGUGUCCAAGUUGCGUGGGGAAAAUCGUUUGUUAAAGGCCGAGAUCAAUCUGCUGCAAUCCAAUACGCGAGGCCAUGGCGCGGCCUCGUCAGCAGCGGCAGCAGUGAUGGUCUCAGGUCCACGAUCCCCAUCGGUCACAUCAGCGGCAGACCCAGAGCGACAGUUGGCCCGUCACAAUUCGGCAUCAGGUAGCAGCGAGAAACCACGCUCCCUCACCCGCAGUUCCUCGGGUCUGCCGCAGCCAACCUACUCGUCUUCAGGUACCACAUUAGUCAACACAAACACAUCAGGGGCAACGAUAUACCGGCCACGCAGUGGACAACAGAGCAACUGGGAAGGUGGAGACGACAAGUGGAUUCACCGACUGCAUGAGCUGGAGAAGCGACUCAAGGCGGAACGAGAAGGGCGUCUUCUUGACCGUAGCGGUGCACGAAAACGAUUAGAGGAGCGUGACCAUGAGAACCAGAAACUUCGUGAUCAGCUUCAACGCGAGCGCACCCGCAAACCUUUGGGGGCCAUUGAAGAUGGACGUAAUCGAGCCCCCGUCUCAGACGAGAAUCCAAGCUCCAGUGAAGGGGAGGGCCUCAUCUUAGAUAUCGAGGUCUAA